CGGGGCUUUGCGCGCAGGGCGGGCAUGGAGCCCCUCUUCCCUGCCCCGUUCUGGGAAGUCGUCUGCGGCGGCCCCCUGCGGGGCAACCUGUCUCUCCUGAGCCCCGACCACAGCCUGCUGCCCCCGCACCUGAUGCUCAAUGCCAGCCACGGCGCCUUCCUGCCCCUUGGGCUCAAGGUCACCAUCGUGGGGCUCUACCUGGCUGUGUGCAUCGGGGGGCUGCUGGGGAACUGUCUCGUCAUGUAUGUCAUCCUCAGACACACCAAGAUGAAGACAGCCACCAACAUUUACAUCUUUAACUUGGCCCUGGCGGACACUUUGGUGCUGUUGACGCUGCCCUUCCAGGGCACAGAUGUCCUCCUGGGCUUCUGGCCAUUUGGGAACGCCCUGUGCAAGACGGUCAUCGCCAUUGACUAUUACAACAUGUUCACCAGCACCUUCACGCUGACUGCCAUGAGCGUGGACCGCUACGUGGCCAUCUGCCACCCCAUCCGUGCCCUUGACGUCCGGACAUCCAGCAAGGCCCAGGCUGUCAACGUGGCCAUCUGGGCCCUGGCCUCUGUUGUCGGCGUUCCCGUUGCCAUCAUGGGCUCGGCACAGGUUGAGGAUGAAGAGACUGAGUGUCUGGUGGAGAUCCCCAGCCCGCAGGACUACUGGGGCCCCGUGUUUGCCAUCUGCAUCUUCCUCCUCUCCUUCCUCAUGCCUGUGCUCAUCAUCUCCGUCUGCUACAGCCUGAUGAUCCGGCGGCUGCGAGGCGUCCGCCUGCUCUCAGGCUCCCGCGAGAAGGACCGGAACCUGCGGCGCAUCACGCGGCUGGUGCUGGUGGUGGUGGCUGUGUUCGUGGGCUGCUGGACGCCCGUCCAGGUCUUUGUGCUGGUCCAAGGGCUGGGCGUGCAGCCAGGCAGUGAGACCGUGGUGGCCAUCCUACGUUUCUGCACGGCCCUCGGCUAUGUCAACAGCUGCCUCAACCCCAUCCUCUACGCCUUCCUGGACGAGAACUUCAAGGCCUGCUUCCGCAAGUUCUGCUGCGCGCCCACCCUGCGCCGGGAGGUGCAGGUGUCAGACCGCGUGCGCAGCAUCGCCAAGGAUGUGGCUCGUGCUCGCAAGACCUCUGAGAUGGUGCCACGGCCGGCAUGACUAGGCGUGGACCUGCCCAUGGUGCCUGUCAGCCCGCAGAGCCCAUCCACACCCAACACGGAGCUCACCCAGGUCACCGCUCUCUAGGCUGACUGGCAGCUGUGCAUCACCAGCCUCCACGGGCCACCCUGUGGCCUUGGAGGGUCUGGUGACAUCAUGGGACGGGUCAGAGCAUUAGGGCUGCCCUCGAGGCCCUGGUCAUACUAAAGCUGCCCUCCUAGUGGAGGGCGGGGAGGGGGUGCAAGGACUCACUGGUGAGCAUGCCCGGCCAGAGCCACGCCGGCACUGCCAAGCUUCACGGACUGUUCUGGCCUCUCCCCUGCUGCAUCCCGCUCCGGGUAGGCACACAGCCGGAAGCGUGACAGCGGCUGUACGGUCCCACGUGCCCCUCGUGCUGUGUGCUGUCUGCACGGACCCUUGCAGUGUCUCCUCUGGGCAGCUGAACGGGCCUGGCGCUGCCUGGAGAGUCCAGUGGGCAUCCCUGGGCAGUGGGACUCGCCCUGAGAGUGGAGCUCCUUUAGGAGGCUUCUCAGCAAGCCUGUUCCCUCCA